AGUUUUUUAAAAGCAUAUACCAAACUGCUUGUCUCCUAUUUUUUUUACUUACAUGUCCUUGAAGGACUCACUGCGAUUUCUCACUCUAAGAAACUCCAUCCACUCUCUGAUUCUCUCUCCGCGCAAGCUCACUUUCCCAUACAAACUCUCUUUCUCUCCUCUUUCAGCUAUGGAUUCCAAUUCAUCUUCUACCCUGGUUUUAUGUGGAAAAUCGACGGCUGAGAAUGAAAUCGCAGUCUCUCUAAAGAGCAAUAAGACUCUGAAGCUCCCAGGUGAUAGCGAAGUUUCUGUUCUUUUGAAAUCGGAGCUCGAAGAAAACUCUUUUCGCAUCGAUUCCUACAUGGCUUCUCUUUCAACCAGUCAGUUUGGUAGGUUUCUCAUUUGGUCUCCGAGGUUGCCUUCCACGCACGACGUCGUUUCUCACAAUUUUGGUGAGCUUCCACUUGGUACGGUUUGUGUUGCCGAUGUUCAGUUUAAAGGACGAGGUCGUUCAAAGAAUGUGUGGGAAUCUCCAAUGGGUUGCCUUAUGUUUUCUUUUACAACGCAAAUGGAGGAUGGGCGAGUUGUGCCUCUGGUGCAAUACGUCGUGUCUCUUGCUAUUACUGAGGCAAUAAAGGAUGUUUGUGACAAAAAUGGCUUACCAUGUAUUGAUGUUAAGAUAAAGUGGCCAAAUGAUCUUUACUUAAAUGGCCUUAAAGUUGGAGGCAUUUUGUGCACCUCAACAUAUAGAUCGAAGAAGUUCAAUGUCAGUGCCGGUAUAGGUUUGAAUGUUGAUAAUGAGAAACCAACAACAUGCUUGAAUGCAGUUCUCAAAGAACUUUCUGUUGUGGCUUACCAAUUAAGUAGAGAAGAAAUACUUGCGGCCUUCUUUGAAAAAUUUGAGAAAUUUAAUGAUCUUUUCAUAAAUCAAGGAUUUCAGACUCUUGAGGAGCUAUAUUAUAAGACAUGGCUGCACAGUGGGCAAAGAGUAAUUGUACAGGAAAAGAACGAGGACCAAAUGGUUGAAAAUGUAGUAACUAUUCAGGGUUUGACAUCCUCAGGAUAUUUGCUAGCUAUUGGUGAUGACAAUCAAAUGUAUGAGCUUCAUCCUGAUGGCAAUAGUUUGGACUUCUUCAAAGGGCUGAUUAGAAGAAAACUUGACUGAAGAUUCCUAUGCACCUUUAACCAGCGGCAACUAUCACGUUGCAUCAUGUGCAUACCGAUGAUGAUCAUUGUCCCUACUUUUCUUUAUGUCUACUCACUUGUUCAAUUCACUUAUUACUUUGGUGCUGUCUUCUUUUCUUUUUUUAUGAGACCUUGUCCAACUUAGUUUUUAUUAUAAUUUUGGUAAGUUACACAUGCACCUUCUAGUUCUUGAACCCACAACCUCACAUCUAUCGUACUCUUAUAAAGAGAUGAAGUGCCAUUUAAGUUAGAGCUCAAUGGGUAGGACAAAUUUCAUAAAUUACAACCAUUUUACAGUGUUUUAUACGGUUUUGAUGUCAUAUGAUAAGUGGUUGGGUCAUGGUUAUUUCAGAUGAUCAUUCAUUUGUAGGAAUUUUUGUCUCUGUUGUCAGCUAUGAAAGAAAUUCUUUGAAUAAA